GCGAGCGGAGAGACGACGUUCUGAUCUGCCCUUCGGGAGUGAGGACGUGGCACUCAUUGAGCCCGAGCCCUACUACGACAGCGAGACGUUUUGGUGGAAAGUUGAGCAGUACCAGACCACGAACGAGAGAUCAACCGUGCCAGGAAAAGCCUUUUAUUGUGAGCAAUGCCGAAGUCAUCUCCUGGAUUCCGAGAGUCUCAGGAACGCCCAGUUUGGGUCUUAUUGUCCUGGGUGCGCCUUCAAGGAACAAUGGAGACAAUACCCCGAAGUGGUGUCGUGGGAUGACUGGAAGCGGCUGGAGCAGAACUGUGCCGCUUGCGCGGUGUACCUCUACCGGAACUAUUUCAUCGAUGUUGGGACCGGCGAGGCAAUUUGCGAUCCAGCCAGCAACAUCAAGAACUUCAUCCAGCAUCGUGCAACCACGAGUCGGUCCAAUCUGGCUAAAACCGUGUCGUCUCUGGGUGCCCUACGGGUUCCGGUGAAUAUGGCCAUCGAGUAUUGUCAACAAGGGCGAGCGAGACACCUCGGGUGGGGACGCGCUCUUUCUUACAAUGGCAACGUGUGCUAUAUCGCGUACUACGAUCCCGGGAACGCCGCGUACGCAGGAUUCAUGAAUUGCCUGUUCACCCGCGAAGAGAUCACCGAAAUGUGUCGGGGAUCUCCUGACCCAAGUGAAGAACUGCUGGGCGACAUCAUCGAGAUCGCGACCGGGCUGCUUGUCGUGGCACUCCGGUUUCCCGGUAUGUUCCCCAAGUGGGGGGGCAAGCAUGUCAUCGAAGCCUGCCUUCGAGGGAUCGAGAGAUCUUUUCAUCGAUACGCAGCUGUGGAAUCAAUCACAUUGUUCCCAACUCAGAAUCGGAAGAGGAGACGACCGGCCGACAUCACUCCGGAGGAACAACAAGGUAUUGAGGAACUUACACCGCUUAUUUCGUUCAACUUCUUCGCUGACCCUGCGGACCGAGCUGACGAGGAAGGUGAAGCCGUGCAAACUCAGAUACCGCAGCCAGUCGAGGAACCGGAAUAUCAUGCCGCGCCCGAAGAGGAUCCUGCGGUUUCCAUCGCUACCGGUGAAGAGCCCGAAGAGGAAGAAGGAGAGCAGGGAGAUCCUUUGGACGGACUUGGCGAGGCUCAAUUGGAAGUCUCAGAGCUCGUCCGCCUGGACAGGACCUCCUUGCCCGAGAAGACGUUUGUACGUCCUGCGGUGCGAUUGGUGAUCACGGCACUUUCGACUGUAGAGUUUAUCCGGCCACCGCGACACGGGUCCUCACAGCGAAGCACCGACAUGGAGGUCGAUCAAGUCAAUGAAGGAGAUGAGAGGAUUCGCGAUCCCCCAGAAGGAGCCGGGGUGCCAGAAUCCCAUCCACCUGACGCUGGUCGCCCAGUCCCUACAAGGACACCCCGUGAAACAGUGGAUGGCAAUGAGACCCUGUCUCGUGAUCAACGUCCUCCUCUACCUCGUAUCCGUCCAACCACUGCCGCCGCUGAAGGGCGAGCAACCGUGCCCUCACCUACGGUGGAGCCGGUGAUCACCACGCGACCUAAAGCCAAGGCAAGGCCGUCAAGCUCGCGGUGGAACCGGGCUGCGACUACCACUGGUGUUGUCGAGUUGAUUUACGAUCAACCAUGUAUGGCCACCGAACUGGUACGAGCCCGCGAAGGACAGGAUUCCGUGGAAAUCAGAGACAUGGGCCUGGCCUCCAACGAGGACGUUGGCCAUUAUGUCCGACGGACUAUUGGCGAGGUUGUCGCGAUUCAUCCACGACGUGGUGAUCCGCUCCCGCAGGAAUCUGAGAAUGUCUCCGAAUAUUUUCAUGCUGCAAAGGGGGUGUUUGGCGGGGAUCUGCGCGUCAUGCCUCGUCGCGGAGGGAUGUUCCUGUCACGGUGUUGGGAGGGCUGCGAAUGCUUUGAAGACCUUCCGUCUCGUCUCGAAUACGACCGGAUUGAUCGGCUCAUGUAUGGUUUCAAUUCCCUCCUGAGGCACAAAAUCGGUAGGUUUGCCUACAGUGUCCGAUUUCGGAAUGUUUCGAGUUUUCCUACGUUGGAAUGCGAUGAAGGAGGUUGGGUGAGUGUGGAGCGCGAUGCCUUUUGGCAACCCACCUUCGCAAAUCGUUCAGCCCGGGGAAAUCCCGCCGAAAAGAGCAGAAGGCUCAGGGCCCUCAUGAAGGCAAAUUGGGCGGUUGGCCAAAGGACCCAGAGGUUUCGUCUGCAGUUCCUCGGUAUCAAGGUCUGCCCCCUCGCUGGCCACAUCGUGUCGGGUGAGCCUGGAUCGUCCCAGCCUGUAAGUAUGGAGACUCAGAUAGCAGAACUCCCGAGUUCAAGAGAUACCAGCUUUGAAGACUCCAACGUUUACAUUGGCGAAGACGUGUGGAUACGUCCUUGGGCCGUGCGUGCCACGAGUGGGCAUUCUGUCGAUCGCUACUCGGCCAUCCGCCUCGAACCAACGAAAAUCGCCUACCGUCCAUCGCUUCAGGUGAUGCAAGACCUCGGAGGUGGAUUUCAUUCGACAUCGAUUCGUAACAUUUAUGGCAGGCAUUCUCCCCGGCGGUCCCCACGGGACGCGGCUGAGCGCCCACUUCGGCGUUUUCGCACCGUGGGAUCAUCGCAACCUCGUUACCAG